CACCCACACCUCAAGAAAGAAGUUUUACUUCUAAAAUAAACUACAGAUACAAUACAUAUUAUGUAUUUUAUUUCCGAUUUUUUCCUUCUAUCACUGAUCGCGAGAUUUUAUGCUCCAAAUAAUAGACGAUGCACCCGUGCCUGUAAAUCAUGGACUUUAUAGUUUAUACUAAUAUAAGGUCUAUGGUGUGAAUAAUAACGAUAAUUAUUUGUAAUGACUUAUGAAAUUUGUAUAUUCAGUAAAUGUUAUACAAUCAUAGAUGUACCGGCAGAAAAAUGCAACGUAGAACAUUCAUUAUUGCAGAAAAUAUAUUAGCGUUUUUGAAAAUAUUUUUAAAGUCAAGCUUUUUUCUUGAGGUGUGAGAGGAAAAAAAAUCGUAACGAAAAAUGAAACGACACGUUUGUUCGUCACCAUCAUAGUAACGAAUAAAAAAUAAUAUUAUUAUAAGGACUACGCUAACCGCUCAGAAUUGUUUUUCGUAUAUGGUUUAACAUUAUACUUAAAUAUAACACAUCCAUUACAACUACUGUACAGCAGAGCGGUACCAACUUGUCCACCUUCUGAAGUAAAACUUCUUUCUUCAGGUAUCGGUGGGAAAAAAAUCGUAACGAAAAAUGAAACGACCUGUUUGUUUAUUUAUUUAUUUUGCUAGUCAUGCACGGUGGCGGCGGCGCGCACGUUUAUUUUUAUUGUAUUGAUUUUUCUCACUCUCUCCCUAAUUCACUUAUAAUUCACGGGCCCCAAUACUUAUGAAAGAAGUUUUGCUUCCUCAGAGUGUAAUGGUGAGCUGAGGGCUCACACACUCGUUUUUAUGGGAUACCAGCAUCAGAAAAACUACACUAUGAGUAAAACGAAAGCCGAGGAAUGUGAUUAUGGAGUUACAACAAAAGCAAAACAAAAUCAAGAUGAAUACUUUUGGACUCUACUGAGAUCGUCAAAACAACAGGAUGUUAUUGAUACAAUACAGGAACCUUGGCCUGCACCAAAAACAAAUGCUGAACGUUGCCGAGCCUACCGAGCACGUCAAAAAGCAGCACGUCAACAAAAUUCAGAGGAAGUUAUUGAUACAAUACAGGAACAUUUAGUAGAAGAGGGCAGCUCACACGGUUCAAAUUUACAGCAAACUAAAACAUCCUCAAAACGUGUGCACGCAUACAGAGCACGACAAAAAAAUAAAGACAAUGGUAAACCUCGGCCUACACCAAAAACAAAUGCUGAAUAUUGCCUAGCCUACCGAGCACGUCAAAAAGCAGCACGUCAACAAAAUUUGCAAGAUGUUAUAGAAAUAAUACAAGAAAAUUUGGUAGAGAGUGAUGGCUUAAUUGUAAGUCCAAACUCACAGCAACAAAACUCAAUAAAUAUGCGACAAAUGGAUUUAGACUUUAUCGCCCAUCGUAAUAAUGGUUCAGAUGAAGAAGAUGAAGGAUCCAAUGAAAACCAACCAAAUGUUAUUGUUGUCCACGCUGAAGGGCACAGAGAUAGUUUGCAAUCUAUAGCCAGAACAUCCACAGAACGUGUGCAGGCGUACAGAGCACGACAAAGGGAAAAUUUAAAUUCAUCGCAAUCAAAAUCAAAGCCCAAAACAGUAGCAGAACGUGUCAGAGAGUAUCGGCAAAGACAAAGAAAAAAAUUACAUGGUGAUAAAAAUCAAACACAUAAUAUUGAUGAAAACAAUGAUAUAAGUGAGGAUGAGGAUGACGGGGAACUUAUAGUCAAGUGGUGUAUGAAUAUGAUAAAAGGCAAUCAUAAUAUUCACUUUAUGUAGCUUUGUCACGAGUUACUAGUCUAGAAGGACUGUUUAUCAUCACUAAAAAUGAUGAAAAGGAAUUCUAUCAUGAUCGAAGGAUGACAGUAUCCACAUCAUGUCUCCGUGAUGAAUUUAAAAGGUUUUCUGCCCAACCACUCAUAAAAAUUGACAGAUUUCAUUAAUAAACACCAACAGGGACUGUCGAUUUACAGUCUCAAUUGUCAAGGUCCAUUCUCCUGACUUUUGCAAUAACGCUUAAGAAAAUUAAAAAAUUUUGACUUUUUUAGAGGUAUAUCAAAAGCUCUCUAACCGCAUCAAUGAGGAUAUCCAUAUUCUAACUUUCAAUUGUGUGGUAAAAUAUAGACGACCAGAAGUAUCACAUGGAAGAGUAGCUAUUUAUCAUAAUACUAAGGACACAGUACACCUUGUCACUUCUGCUAUUGUCUUAACAAGAGGACGAUCGUCGGAUGUGUCUGCAGUAAUAGGUGAUAUUAUAUGUAUCGCUGAGUGUAAAAGGCCAAAUGGAAAACUUAUAAUUAUUGUAGCAGUCUACAUUUCACCAAAUAAUAACAAAAGAUAUAAUCCAAUUCGUACAUACAUGGUUGCUAAAAUUUAUGAAUUUUUACUAAAGUACUUGCAUUGAUAUUGUAUUUUUUUGAAAUUUGUAAAUUUUGAAGGCAAAUCACUUAUUGUUAUUUUAAUUAUUAUUUAUAAGUAUUAUUACUAAAUUAUGUGUAUUGAUAAUAAUAUAAAUAAUAUAAUAUAACUUUAAUAAAAUAUGGUUGGAGUUACCUAUCUAUUAUAAAUACU